AUGAACCUAAUCAAAUUAUUUCAAAAAAAUAAGAAAAGAAAUGAUACUUCUAAUUGUACAUCUAUAAAUGAAAAUUCUAAUGUACAGCAGCAAUCGAAGCGAAUUUUUCCUGGUAUAAAACCUAUUGAUCUCGAUGCUCCAGCACCAGCAGAUAUUUCGGAAGAAUAUCGUCAAUUUCCAUUUCCAACACGUCGUGAUGAUAUAACAACUGAAUAUGAUGUAUCAGCAGAAUUAUUAGGUGCUGGUAUGAAUGGUGCAGUCUUGGCAUGUUGGCAUCGUGCAACCAAUCGUAAAUGUGCUCUUAAAAUAAUAAAAGAUUCAAAUAGAGCUCGACGUGAAGUUAUUUUACAUAGAAAAGCUUGUGAAGGAUGUGAUCAUAUUGUUCAAAUACUCGAUAUUUAUGAAAAUAUGUUUGAAUCAAAGCGAUGCUUAUAUAUUGUUAUGGAAUGUAUGGAAGGUGGAGAAUUAUAUAAUCGGCUUCGGCAUAGAAUUGAUAAACCAUAUACAGAACGAGAAGCAGCUAAUAUUGUUUUAAUGAUGGCUAAAGCUGUUGCACAUUUACAUCAUAUGGAUAUAGCUCAUCGUGAUCUUAAACCUGAAAAUUUACUCUUUACAAAUACUUCUGAAGAUGCUUUACUUAAAUUAACAGAUUUUGGAUUUGCUAAAGAAGGAAAUAAUGAAAAACUUCCAUUGAUUACACCAUGUUAUUCUCUAUAUUAUGCUCCACCAGAAAUCUUGUCCUAUAAUAAAUAUAAUAAAGCAUGUGAUAUUUGGUCAAUGGGUGUUAUAACGUAUAUUAUUUUAUGUGGUUAUCCACCAUUUCAUACUGCUCGUAGUGGUAUGAUUGGUACUCAUAAAAUGAAAUCAAAAAUCAAAGCUGGCAACUAUGAAUUUCCAAAAGCUGAAUGGAAUAAAAUUUCACCAGAAGCUAAAUCACUUGUACAAAAAAUGUUAAUAGUUGAUCCAUCUGCACGUGUUACUAUCGAUUGGAUUCUUCAAUGUCCAUGGUUAGUUGGUCCAGUACCUAAAACACCAAUUGAUAUUAGUCCAAUGCUUGAUUUUAAAAAUUAUGAACAAACGCAAAUUGAAAUUGCUGCUGCAAAUGAUGCUCAACGUCGUCUAGUUGAUGAUGAUGAUGGUGCUGAUGAGGAUGAUUCAAAUAUAAAUCUUCCUACAUAUAAUAACUCACGUUUAGCAAAACGAGUUGCUCAACGAGAACAAAAACGUGCUAUUGCAAAUGGCACACCACCAUUAUCACAAACUGACGAACGGGAAACAAUUGCUUUUUUUUAG